GAAAAGCGGGUGACGUCAGCAAAGGCAGAGGCCACGCCCCCUCCCGAGCCAAAAUGGCGGCCCCGAGCAAGCAGUAUGGACUUAUAUUUCCGAAGAAAGCACAACAGAAAACCCUCAUCAAACACGCAGUGUUUAUGGACGACUCUGAUGAAGAGUCUUCAGUGGGUGAGAGCCUCCAACGAGAAGCCUUGAAAAAGCAAGCCAUGAAACAAACCAAGCUUGAGAUCCAGAGGGCAUUGGCUGAGGACUCCACGGUGUAUGAAUACGACAACAUUUAUGACGACAUACAACAGAAGAAGGCAGAAAGCCAGGCCAGCGUCCUGGCAGGGAAAGGGGAAAAAAAGCCCAAGUACAUCCAGAAUAUACUCAAAGCUGCAGAGCUGAGGAAGAAGGAGCAGGAAAGGAGGAUGGAAAAGAAAAUCCAGAAGGAACGCGAAAUGGAAGGGGAUGCCUUUGACGACAAGGAAGCCUUUGUCACCUCAGCCUAUAAGAAGAAACUGCAAGAAAGGGCCGAAGAGGAAGAAAGAGAGAAGGAGGAGGCAGCUAUUGAAGCAAGCCUGGAUGUAACCAAGCAGAAGGACCUCAGUGGUUUUUACAGACACCUACUGAAUCAGACAGUGGGGGAAGAGGAAAUGCCCAAAUGCAGUCUUCGCGAAGCCAGGUUAAAGGAAGACAAAUCCAGUGAGAAUCCCAUGGACUCCAGGAAUACAAGCGAAAGCAGAAAUGGGGGAACAGGACCAGCGAAGGGAGAAGACAACCCAGAUGCAGACAGUGACUUGGAAAUCGAUACCAGUGAGGAUGAGAAAGUAGACCGGGAGGAAGAGAGAAAGGAGAGCAGAAAAGGCCAUGGCAGGGAUAGAUCCAAGCACCGCAAAAGCAGAAAGGACUCGAGAUCCUCCAGUGAGGAGAGAAGCCGUCCCUCAAAGGCACCAGCGAGUCACCGAGAAAAGGAGGAUGAAGCCAGAAAGGAAAAAAGAGGCAGUGAGAAGAAGCAAAGAGACCACGGAAAAGAGACACUGUUGAGGCCAGCUGAUCACCAGAGGAGGCAAGACGAAAGGGAGGACAGGCAGAGGAGUAAGGACAGGAAGGAGAGGGAUGACUAUGACCGAGAGAUGAAGAAAGAGAGGGAUAGGGAAGACAAGUACUCUGAGUGGGAGCAGCAAGUGAAAGACAGGGAAACCAGCAGAAAGGAACAUAGUGAGAAGAGAGAUGGAGGCAAAAGGGCAAAGGAAGGCAAGGAGGAGAAGCAGCAGCAGGAGGGGAAUAGCAGGAGCCCAGGACCUUCAGCUAGAGAGGACCAUCUGGACCACAGUGCAGGGGGAGGGAAAGAGAGCCCUCCACACUCAGAAAGAUCACCCAAAGUGAAACGCAAGGCUUCUGGGGAGGGAGAGGAGCAAUCUGAGAAGCCUCUGGAGCAGCAGAGUAAGUUUGCCAAGCGUAGCAACCAAGAGACGGUCAUGUCAGCCAGGGAUCGCUACCUGGCUCGCCAGAUGGCACGGAUGGGCGCAAAAGCUUACAUAGAGAAAGAGGAGGAUUAGGGUUCUUUCUGGAGAGAGAAUAUCUUGAGAAGCGGCACACGUUCCUUAGUGAAAGUUCAAAGGCCUGAGGGAGUUGCACCUUGGAGUGAAAAGGGCCAUUUACUUCCAGAGAGAAAGAUCUGAUCUUGGAACACAGGGUAGGUAAGUCAACUUGCACCUGUUUUUUUGCCCUUCUCUCCGACACCAGGCCUGUUUACACUAUGUUUCAGAGUAUAAGAGAAGGCAGCAAGUCUCCUUUUUGCUCCACAGCCUAUGCAUAAAAUCCUUUGUGGAGCUUUCUUCAUGAUCCUAUGGCCCAAAUACGAAAGGGAAAAAAAUGAAGACUUAAUGUGAUGAGGAAAUCAGACCAAGACAAGUGGUAGAAUUGUUUCUGCUUUUAUAUAUAUAUAUAAAAAAAGACCACAGUUUAGUUCCACAGCAACAUUUGAAAGCUGGAAGGUUUUGUUUGGGUUUUGUUGUUUGUUCUGUACAGAAACAUUGAAAUAAAAAGGAAAGUGGUGAAUUUUCAGUCA